AUGGCAUGCAUGGGAGGCCUGGUUUGCAUUCCCCUGAACCAGAAGACAUUCCGUCCCAAGAAGAGCGCUCCAUCAGGCAGCAAGGGAGCGCAGCUCCGAAAGCACAUAGAUGCCACUCUCGGCAGUGGAAACCUUAGGGAAGCUGUGAGGUUGCCUCCUGGAGAGGAUAUCAAUGAAUGGCUUGCUGUGAAUACUGUGGAUUUCUUUAACCAAGUUAAUCUGCUGUAUGGCACACUCACAGAAUUCUGCACACCUGAGAGCUGCCCGACAAUGACAGCUGGCCCAAAGUAUGAGUACAGAUGGGCUGAUGGUGUGCAGAUAAAGAAACCCAUAGAGGUAUCCGCACCAAAAUAUGUGGAGUAUCUGAUGGAUUGGAUUGAAGGCCAGCUUGAUGAUGAAUCCAUAUUCCCUCAAAAACUUGGCACACCAUUCCCGCCAAACUUCAAGGAAGUAGUAAAGACAAUAUUCAAGCGCUUGUUUCGUGUCUAUGCCCACAUCUACCACUCUCAUUUCCAGAAGAUUGUUAGCCUUAAAGAGGAGGCCCAUCUCAAUACCUGUUUCAAGCACUUCAUUCUGUUUACAAAUGAGUUUGGCCUGAUUGACAAGAAGGAGCUGGCUCCACUCCAGGAGCUCAUCGAAUCCAUCAUCGUUCCUUACUGA